AGGAGGCGCGGGGGCGCGCGAGCGCUGCUUUAGGGGCGGGGGACGCUCGGGGAGAUCCGGGUUUGUGGACGAGCAUGACGUGUACAACAGAAUCAAAACAGAGCCGGUGCUGCACACUGGAGGCUGCCGGCGGCGUACUGCGCGGAGGUUGCUGCAGGCACACUAGCCGUGAACAUGGCAGACGGCAAUUUUGAUCCAUGUGAGUGCAUUUGCUCCCAUGAUCAUGCAAUGCGAAGACUGAUUAAUUUGCUAAGGCAGUCCCAGUCUUAUUGCACCGACACAGAAUGCUUGCAGGAACUACCUGGACCCAAUCCUUCCAGUGAUGGCGGAAUUAGCAUUGCAAUGAUUGUCAUGGCCUGGCUUGUUAUCGGUUUUACCAUAUACCUGCUGAGACCCAGAAGUCUCCGUGGAUCAAGGGCGACUGGAAAACCUGCUACUCCACAUAAUGAUCAUAGCCAUGAACCUCCAGCACCACCAGUAGACUAGUAACUCCUGGAAUUUCCACAGAAUAUUUGCACGACCAAAUGAAUCCAGAAUGGCCAGACUACUCUGAAGUGGAUGAUUCUUCUUUCUUUCCUUUCUAUUAACGCCGAACACCAUAUCGGUAUUGGGCAUUCCAUAUCCUGAGAUACAUGGUGGAUCGAGGAUCUUUGGAGCAUGUUGUCUUGUUCCAGAUGUUCUUGCAGUAAUUUCUUUUUCUUGUAAAUGUAGACUUUGAUUAAUAGCUUUGUCUGGACUUUCAGCCUUAAUAUAACUUUUCAGAUGCAUCACACAAAGAGUUCUGUCCUAAAAUAUAUACAUCAAUGUUUAUUUUUUCACAUGAAUCCAUCUUCUUCAAAUGAAUUCCUGUAUGGUAGAAGGUUACUUAUUUCCUAAAUGACCACAGCAUUUGUCCUAAUGCAAUACAUGUAACUCCAGCCCUUCUUUGCUGACUCAGGUGUCUGACAGAAAGCUUGGAUGUUCUACGAACCCUCAAGUCACUUAGCGACUCCACCAGUUUAGUAUUUAGCAUUCAACUAUGCUUCAUCUUGUUAGAUCUUCUUUAAGAUGUAUAGUCCAGCUGCUAUUAUUUCCUAUCAUAUAUAAAUGUGUUUGACCUGUUACACCCUACUUUGGGUAAAAAUACUAAAUGAUUUUAAUAAUGGCACCUAAAUACUGCUAGCUAAAGUGCCAAACUAUGGGAUGUUGAACAACCUGUACAUGAAGGGGUUCCACAACACUGUAGGGUCACUAUCUCACUGUGUCUUCAAGACAUCUGAAGAUGUGUUGGUACUUUCAUAUUAUGACAUUCCAAGAACACAAAAUGGUUGUUCAGAAAGGAGAAUGAAAAUGCUAAAUCUAAUUACUGUGACCAGACGUUGGGACAUCUAUAAAGUAACUAGACGGCAAUGGCCUAAUACCCCAAAACAUGCAGCAAUAGGAUGGGACAGGCAUCUCAUCAGGAUGUGCCAAGCUGUGGACAUGUGGUAACUGCUGGUCAAAGGUUGUUCAAACUGUUAACCUUGCAGAUUGCAUUUUUUAGGGGAACAAAAUUGGGCAUCUACCCAGAACUUCAUGCACGUCUCAUUUAGAAAUCUAUGGGUUAUACCUGCCAAAAAGUAAUGUCUAUGGUCAUCUUUCCUGACAGGCCUUUGUACUUCUGGAACGGACCUUCCUGCUCAGCGGCAGCACGAGGCCGGUUUCACAUUUUCACAUGCCAGUAUUACACCCGUAAAUCAUGGCCUGACUGUGGGUGUAUUAACCCAUACUAACAGCAUAUGCUUUUGGAUUAUGAUUUUUGUGAAACCAGCCUUGUCUCCCCUGACUACAUGUAUUUCUUAUAUAUUCUCCAGGUUUAACGUAACCCUAAAAUAUAUAACGCAACUAUUUCCAUCAUCUGUUUCUCUUUCCUCUAGUGUGGACCAUGUCAUGUAUGUCACUGACAGCCCUCCAUGUAUUUUGCAUACGUUUACAUUAACCCGUGAAAACUGUUGCCUACUGCAUCUAUAAGCUUCUGGAGUGAGCGGCAUUACUAAUGGUUCUGUUAUAUUAUAAAAUAUAUUGUAGAUUGCCAUCUGUAUAUGAAAUACAAUAGAUGUCUGAUGAACAUUUUGUGAUCUACCAAA